CAGACAAGCUUUCGCGCCAAAGUCUGAGACUUGAUGUUUCAGCUGCUGUGAACAUAGCUUGUGACGUCACCAUGAUGAUUAAGUAUGGUGUUUGUUAACAGUGCUGUGAGAGGCUUACCUGUGCUUUUGAGGAUUUUACCUGUUUCUAAGAUCCAUAAGUGGAUACGGAGUUUAAAGUGUUUCAGUUGGAUAUCGUACCUCGAGUAUGGAUGCUGAGUUCAGGAACAUAUCCACUUCAUCACACAUAGAUGUAGGGGUUUCCAUACGUUUGUGGGCCAAUUGUGCCACUAUGACGUCACCACCUUAACACCCUAGCUGAGAAUGACUCUGAAACAAGCCUUACACUUCGCUACCAUUCACAAAUUUCGACCAUGAGAUAAGUCAGGAAAGCGUAUGGAGUUACACAACCACUAUGGGAAAGAGAAAGAAAGAAGUUACCCCCGUUCCGUGAUAAGUACUGUGUUUCCCAGCCGAGGAUAAGACACUGCUGUGAUACAGACACACACGUGUCAAUAUGAUAUUGAGGCUUCCAAAGUGCGCUCAUCACUUCCGGUUUCCAAAUACUUAAACGCAAUGACGUUUCUGUUUGAUGCCCAACUCUGUGAUAUGAAUAUGGUUAAAACGUCAGUAUGACCCUGGUUAUUGCUAUCAGUGAUACAAAAGGAUAAUUGUUUAUGUGUAUCUGAUUAUUCCGUUCGGAGUUAUAAAAGGAUAAUUAUUAAUUAUAGUGAGUUCAAUGAAAAUAAAGCUUGGGAAUUUUUUCCGGGUGUUUUAAAACAAAAUAUAAACCGAGAUGUCGAUGAACACACUUGACGCGGAUAACCGUGUAAUUCUCAACGUCGGUGGUAUACGGCAUGAAACGUACAAAGCCACUCUUAAGAAAAUUCCGGCCACACGUCUGUCAAGACUGACCGAAGCAUUGGCCAAUUAUGACCCUGUGUUGAAUGAAUACUUCUUUGACAGACACCCAGGAGUGUUUGCUCAAAUCCUGAACUAUUAUCGGUCCGGGAAGCUCCAUUAUCCCACGGACGUGUGUGGUCCAUUAUUCGAGGAGGAAUUAGAAUUCUGGGGACUGGAUUCGAACCAGGUGGAGCCCUGUUGUUGGAUGACGUAUACGUCACAUAGAGACACACAGGAUGUGUUAGGGAUUUUGGACAGACUCGAUCUGGAUACGGACAAACCCACUGAGGAAGACAUUAUGAAGAAAUUUGGGUGGGAGGAGGAAUAUCGUACAGGCGAACUGAACUGUUGGCAACGGAUCCAGCCGAAAAUAUGGGCGCUCUUCGACGAACCUUACUCCUCAUCGUCGGCAAAGAAGGUGAUCGCCGUGGUUUCAGUUUUCUUCAUUGUGGUUUCAAUACUAUCCUUCUGUCUAAAAACUCAUCCGGAGAUGCGAGUUCCGGUCUUGCGCAACGCAACCUCAAAUGCGUCAGACGGCAACUUGACAUGGCGCCUGGAAAAACGGAAAACAGAGCCACACGAAGCAUUCUUCUAUAUAGAGUGUGCGAGUAAUGCCUGGUUCACGUUUGAAAUUAUCAUUCGUCUAAUAGUUGCUCCAAAUAAGCUGGAUUUUCUCAAAGCACCGGUGAAUAUAAUAGAUAUAAUAGCCACGCUUUCAUUUUAUCUGGACUUUCUAUUAACAAGUCUAAAACAGGAGAGCGACAUUCUGGAGUUUUUUAGUAUUAUCCGUAUUAUGCGGCUGUGCAAAUUGACUAGACACUCGGCGGGCUUGAAGAUUCUCAUCCAUACGUUCAAGGCUAGCGCCAAGGAGCUGAUUCUUUUGAUUUUCUUCCUCGUCUUAGGUAUCGUGAUCUUCGCGGCUCUCAUAUUCUAUGCCGAGAGAAUCCAGUACAAUCCUGAAAAUGACUUCACCAGUAUCCCUGUUGGACUUUGGUGGGCUAUUGUUACAAUGACUACCGUAGGGUACGGGGAUAUGGCGCCUAAGACCUAUGUUGGCAUGUUUGUGGGAGCACUAUGCGCCCUCAUGGGCGUACUAACGAUCGCCCUUCCCGUUCCCGUCAUUGUCAGUAACUUUGCCCUCUUCUAUUCCCAUACGCAAGCGCGCUCUAAAUUGCCGAAAAAGCGAAGAAGAGUGUUACCUGUAGAAGCGUUGCGCCCAAAAGGUCCCAAGGCGGCGGGGAUGCCCGGGGGGCAGGGACCGACCAAUAGGCGCAUGAACGCCAUCAAACAGAAUCACCCAGGGGCGCUGAAUACAAAAAUUAGCCGAAUAGCCCAAGGGGGUGCUAUCCAGGAAAUGUUUCCUUUCCGUAGCCGCAAUGGCGAAGAGAGUAUCCCAAUGUUGAUGCUAAACCAUACGUCAGACAGGGAGAUGGAUUCUAUGCCCCGCACACGUCCCCUUAACACUGUGGAAAAGUCUCCGCCCCGACUCGUGGAAAUAAGUUCCAAUCCCGGCACUCCACUAAAAGUUACUGAAAUUAAGGUUUCUGAUACCGGGGGAGCUACCACGGCUUUGUCCAGCCUCAUUAUGGCACCGAGUGCUAAUCUUAAUGCAAAUUCUAAUGUUGUUACCAAUAGCAACGCUUUACCAAAUUCAGUUCCAACGACGAUACCCUCAAUAUCACCUACCACAGAGAAAAAAAACUUACUCAAAAGUAUACGAGGAGACGGCGCUGAUGUGGGUAAGGCGCCCUCUGGCGGAACGACAGCAAACAAUACAAGCAUUGAACAACGAUCAGCCAACCAUUCUCCCUCCUCUACUCCUCCCACCACAAACAACCUCGUAGCCGUGAACACGUAACCACUGUGGACCAGCACGAGUAG